AUAUUUAAGUUAAAAUAUAUAAGAAACUCAGGUACAGUGUUAUGUUACGUGUACGUGACAAAUUAAAUAUUUUCAACUUGUCGUUAUUCGAAAUAUUUCCAUUUAAAUACAUCAAAAUAUUUUUCUUUAAUAUCAGAAAUAACAAUUCUAGGAUAGUAACUGUGACGACAAGAAAGUGAAGUUCAGAAAAUUCUUCGCUCAAAAAAUUUUUCGAGAAUUUCGAUUGUUUUAAUACUCCAAAUAUUUGAUAAUAGAUUUUAUUGUGUAAUAAAUUAACGAAAAUGGUAAAUCAAUAUCAAAAGAUAAACCAAUAUGAACCAGAAGAACAUGAAAUACUCGAAUUGUCCUCUAGAACAGACCCGACAUUUCCAGACAGUAAUCCUAUUGAUUUUGUAUGCCAAUAUUGUAACGAAGAUGAUAGUAUGGGAAAACUUAUACGUCCAUGUAAAUGCAUUGGCGAGUUUAUGCACAUUGAUUGUUUAGAGAUUUUGGUCAAUAUCGGAAAUGUUUCUCAUUGCAUAAAUUGUAAAACUCCCUUCCCGCUGGAAUAUGAGCGCAAACCAUUAAUAGAAUGGUGUAGAAAUGGGCAUGCGGAAUUGCGUGAUACAUUAGGAAAAUUCUGUAUUUUUCUUAUUGUAACAAUAGGUAUAAUGAUCUAUAAUAUAGGUAUCCUUGUCUUUAUCGGAUUAUUAUGUACAGUUAUUGAUUUCUCAAAAACUAAAAAUAUUGACAUUUCCAUUAUAGUCAUCUUUUUGAUUAUAUGCGAUAUAAUUAUUAUUAUUUUAUCUAUAAAUUAUGAAGUAAACCUAGUGAUCAAUAGUAGUAAAAGAUUACAGUAUGCUUAUCAUAUGUGGUGUAGAGAAAAUAGUGACGCAAAAGUGAUAAAAAGUCUGCGUUAAUGAAGUCACAACUUUAUAAGUUGUACAUAUCUUAUUACUCGAUAUAUUCUUAUCUCUCCUGUAACAAGAUUAUCAAAAUGACAUCAUUAUAAUGAAGUAAUGCAACAACGAAGUGAUGAUAGAAUGGCUUAUUAAAACAAUUUAUAAUUUUACGAAGGAAUAAGCUUUUUACGAUAGAAUAAACACUUGUUUUAUUCUUAUGUCUUAAGA